AUGUCCAUGGGAGGAACUCGAUUUGUGAAAUCUAACAUUCCCCGAGAGGAUGAACAGAACUUAGCUUCGGUAGGGAUUGAGAAUAUUCUCUGUCAAUGCGACUUAUCCGAGAAAGACGCGAUUCGAUUAUUUCACUCGCUGGCAACAUGGCUUCCCACUGCAUCGCGCUUUGCGACUCCGACAAUUCUGACACGCCGUAGUGACAUGUUUACGAACUUUUGA